AUGGACGAAAAUGCUAGUAUAGAUGAUCUUUUUGGCGCAUUGACAUCGGCUGUCCAAGACAAGAAUUCAACGUCUAUUUCAGAUGAGAAAAACAGUUCAGGUGAUGUUGUUGCUGUUACCGCUGGUGAUGAUGAUGAUGAAGAGAAUGAUUUUUCAAAAAAUGUCCUUCAAUUUGAUGAUGGAGAAAAAGGCAGGAAGAUAGUUGACACGGAAAAAGAAUUUGCUAAUAUAGAGAAAAAUUUAAGAAAUCUACCCAAGCUUGAAAAUGGGUUUGACAGUUUGGCCACGAAGAAAGCUAGCACUAUAGAAAAAGAGAAGAAGAAUGAACAAACUGGAUUAAUUCAAGAUAAACAAAAGAAUAAUACAACGAGAAAUAUUGAUACAAAGAACGAUUGGUUUACACUACCUAAGCCAGAUGAUAAUAUGCGUAGAGAGCUUCAGAGAGAUUUAGUAUUAUUACAACACCGUGCUGCAUUAGAUCCAAAGAGACAUUAUAAGAAAGACCGCUGGCAAAUACCUGACAGAUUUGCCGUCGGUACAAUUAUUGAUAAUAAGGCUGAAUUCUACAGUAGUAGGUUGACAAAUAAAGAAAGGAAAUCGACAAUGUUAGAAACUUUAAUGGGCGAUGAUACCACUAAUAAAUAUUUCAAGAGAAAAUAUAGCGAAAUUCAAGUACAGAAAACUAGCGGUAAAAAAGGUCAUUUCAAGAAAAUGAAAUCAAUGAGAAAGAAGUAUUAG